AAUAAAAGCUUGUUCUUUUUCACUCUAUUCUUCUUCUUCUUCCUCUCUCUCUCUUGCUCUUUCUCUCUCUAGUGUAAGCACACUGUAAUAGUACAAAUACUCCAUUCACUCUCUCUUAUAUUAAAAAAAGAGCUUUAUUUUUCUCUCUCUCUCUCUAAGAAUACCAACAACACUCACAUUCAUUCUUUGCUUCCUUCUUUUAAAUCACGAGAUCCCCAUCUCUCUCUUUCUUUCUUUCUUUCUUCCUUCUUCUUCAUGUCUUCUUCUACAGAGCUUCCAAACUCAUGCUUCUCUACUUGUUUUAGCUUCAUUCACAGACAUUGCUAACACAGAGAGAGUGUGUGUGUGUGAGAGAGAGAGAGAGAGAGAGGGAAAAGGGGGAGACUGAGCAACGCCGAAAGAUUGGAUUUUUGAGCGACCCUUUUUGUUUGUUUCCCGAGAAAAUGUCGCAUUCGUCGGGAAAACCCGUUUCCGAUGUGGUCGGGUUCGACGCCAUCGCCGAUCGGUUCCGCGACACUUUGAACUGCGAGGUCAACAAGCCGGACUACCGAGAACUCGAUCUGGGUUCGCCCGUUUCGCCAUUGCGGACCCGAGGACCCGCUGCCAGUAGCAGUUCAAGUUCUUCUGGAUCCUUCUCUGGCCGAAACGGGCACAACCCGGUUCCCAAAAGAUCCGAUUCGGCACCCAACAACAACAACAAUAACUCCGGCGAGCUCUCCGGCUCCAGCGAGAACAGCCCCACCGCCGCGUCGGAGAGCCAGAGAUCCGCGGGGAAUGCGCGGGGACUCAAGCCGGGUCAUGCGAGAUCCGAUUCCGGAUCCGCUUUACCACCGUUAAUCUAUUCGGGUCAGACCGUGAACUCGCCGCCGCUGAAUGUUCUCCCCACCGGAAACAUAUGCCCCUCCGGCAGGAUCCUGAAGACGGGCAUGGCGGCGAAUCGGGGCUCCAGAACCGAUGUUCUGGGCUCCGGCAUGGGGAACUAUGGCCAUGGGAGCAUAAUGCGGGGCGCCGCCGCAGCCGCCAAGGUGGAGACGGCGGGUGCGCCGGUUUCAAAGUGCAGCAUUGGCAAUGAGUCUGGGAGGAGAGGAGUUCAGAAUGUGGAUCCAGAAGAGUUGAAGAGGGUAGGGAAUGAGCAUUACAAAAAGGGUCACUUUGCAGAUGCAUUGAGUCUUUAUGAUAAGGCAAUUGCGAUGUCGCCGGCUAGUGCCGCCUACCGGAGCAACCGUGCCGCGGCGUUGACGGGUUUGGGACGGCUGGGGGAGGCGGUGAGGGAAUGUGAGGAGGCUGUGAGGUUGGAUCCUAAUUAUCUUAGGGCUCAUCAGCGUUUGGCUUCUCUUUUCCUUAGAUUAGGACAAGUUGAGAAUGCAAGGAAGCACCUUUGUUUUCCUGGGCAGCAGUCGGAUCCGUCUGAGAUGCAGAAGUUGCAAAUGGUGGAAAAGCAUAUCAGCAAAUGUGCUGAUGUUCGGAGGAUAAGGGAUUGGAAAAGUGUUCUGAGGGAAGUUGAUGCUGCUAUUGCUACUGGAGCGGACUCUUCUCCUCAGCUCUUUAUGUGUAGAGCAGAAGCACUUUUGAAGCUCCACCAAAUCGAUGAUGCAGAAUCAAUUUUGUUACACGUUCCCAAAUCAGAACCACAUACUAAUUCCUCUUCUCAAGCAAGAUUCUUUGGGAUGCUUUCUGAAGCUUAUUCCUACUUUGUUAGAGCUCAGAUUGAGAUGACAUUGGGAAGGUUUGAGAAUGCAGUUACAGCUGCUGAGAAAGGCAGUCAGAUUGAUCCCCGAAAUGUUGAAGUUGCUGUUUUGCUCAACAAUGUAAGGAUGGUGGCAAGAGCUCGAGUGCGUGGCAAUGAUCUUUUUAAAUCUGAAAGGUUCACUGAAGCUUGCUCAGCAUAUGGGGAGGGUUUGAGACUUGACCCUUCAAAUUCUGUUCUAUAUUGCAAUAGAGCAGCGUGUUGGUUUAAGCUUGGUCAAUGGGAAAGAUCUAUUGAAGACUCCAACCAAGCUUUAAAUAUCCAACCAAAUUACAUGAAAGCCCUUCUUCGAAGGGCUGCAUCAAACAGCAAGCUAGAAAGGUGGGAAGAAGCGGUCAAAGAUUAUGAGGUCUUGCGGAGAGAACUUCCAAAUGACAAUGAAGUUGCUGAAGCUCUUUUUCAUGCUCAAGUUGCACUAAAGAAAUCACGUGGGGAAGAAGUAUAUAAUUUAAAAUUUGGCGGUGAAGUGGAAGAAGUAUCAGGUCUUGAGCAGUUUAGAGCUGCAAUAUCUUUACCAGGUGUUUCUGUUGUCCAUUUUGAAAUUGCAUCCAACUCCCAAUGCAAGCAAAUAUCUCCAUUUGUCGAUACACUAUGUGGUCGAUAUCCAUCUAUUAACUUCCUCAAGGUGGAUAUUCAAGAAAGCCCAACAGUUGCAACUGCUGAGAAUGUUAGGAUUGUUCCAACCUUCAAGAUAUACAAAAAUGGCAGUCGAGUGAAGGAAAUUGUAUGCCCUAGUCGUGACAUGUUGGAACACUCUGUGAGGCAUUACAGCUUUUAGAACUCAUGACUUGUAAUGCUUUCUUCCCUGUUGUCCUCUGCCACUUCCUUCUUCUCCUUGCUGCCACAAACCUCCAGUUAAAAAACUCUCAAGUCUCUACAGUUCUUCCAGUCUUUUGAUCCCACUAUAAAAUGAUAUCACUUGAUUCAUGUGACAUAGUCAAAGCCCAUUGGAACCUAGAGAUAGUCUAGUUCCUUGUGGGAGUUUUUAUUUAUUCAUUCAUUCCCCAUUGCUCUUUAGUUCCAUGUUCCCUCCCAACUCUCCCUAUGUCAAUUUUCUUUCUCUCUACUCCUUUUUUCAGUUCACUAGGUUAGUUGUUCUUGUAUCCCAAAUUUCAUUAAGGUUAAAAGGAACAAAAAAAGAAAAUUGUUAUUAAUGUCUGUACAAUUGAUUUAAUUAUGAGUUUAAAUUACCUUUUAAGAUAGACAGGUAUAGACAGAUAUAGACAGAAGGGAGGGGAGGGAUCACUACAUGUAUAUAUGUGAUGAUAUAUACGAGACACUGGAAGCCUUUGAGGGGAGAUAGAAUGAAUGGGGGUGCACCUACUGAGUUAGCCAAAGGAGGAUGAAUAUGUUAUUAUUGUUCUUUUUACCUAUCUUAGUCAUUUAAUCAAUAAA